UCCAUUUUGUUGCAAUUCAGACGGAGUCGGGAGAGAGAAGUAACGUCCAACGGCCACUUUUAGCACCACAAAAGCGUCGAGGGUAACGGGGUUUGUAGGAAAUAUAGCUUGCUGUGCUUCCUGCAUAGUCCGCCGAGGGAUUGUAAAGGCUAAUCUCACAUAUUCUCGGACGAGGGGCUUCAUCAACCAAGCCUAAAGGAGUCGGUCUUCGGCUUCUUGGAGCAUCGUGCGCCGAGGUGAAUGUUUAGCCCGGCUCCACGAGAAAACAACGCUCUUUGGCACAUGAAAACCACAGAUCUUGCUGGACACAAAAUUGCAGCGAGAAGUAGACAGAGAACUACUUCGAGGACCUGGGGCCCGAUUGGAGGUGAACGAUUGAAGAGAGACCACUGCUUCUUUAACUUUCUGACAACAAAGAGGUGACACGUAGUGCAAAAGCAGUAUGGGAGGUGGAGAGAGGUACAACAUUCCAGUUUCCCACCCUGAGCGCCCUUUGGCCAAGAAGAACCACCAACUUGGCCGGGCUAAGCAGAGAAGCCGUGACCAGAAUGGUGCAGCAGCAUCUGCAGGAGUAGGGGGCCUUCACCACCACGGCCACCGCCGGAGCGACAAGGGCGCAGCCUACCACAGGUCUCCAGAGGCACGGCAGGCCGUGUCUGCUGAGAAGAAUGCUUCUGUUCGAUUUGCCACCCACUAUGAUCAGAACUGGGAGGGUGCAGUGUCUCACCUCAACACGCUCCUGGCCACACAAGGAAGUCCGAGCUACGCAGGGCCGAAGUUCAGCGAGCCACCCUCGCCUAGCGUGUUGCCCAAACCCCCCAGCCACUGGGUGUCCUUCCCGAUGGGCUCCUAUGACAACAGGGAGAUGAUGGCCUUCCAGCUCAAGAGCCUCCUCAAGGUGCAGGCCUGAGAGGGAUACCCACACUUCACAAAACCAAUGCAUGAACUGGGACUCUUUUGAGAGCACCCACCCACCAGGAACACCUCAGUGCUGUAAUACUUUUAACUGUUUUUUAGACUGACCUCUUUGAGUGUCAGGAGGCAUUUGCAGCAGUGUUUGCUGUGAAUGUAUUUGACACCUUUUUUUUUUUUUAAACAAAAAACAAAACAACCUUGUAUUUCAAUACAUUACAGCCUUGUAGCCUUGCUGGUCGGUGAUGCUUUUAGUAGAGUCAGUUUCUGAGACUAAUGACAAACUGGAUAGCCUUUUGUACUUCUGUUUUGUUCUUUUUAAUCAUGGCUGUCAAAGCAGAUGAGUGUGCUUAUUUUCCAAAUAAGGGUUAUAGUAUAGGUCAGGUAAGUUCCCAUCACUUUUACGGUCCAUUUCUGUGGACAGACUAGCUUUAUCAUUUACAUAAGUUUUAUGAUGAUUCUUUAGAGUCACCUCUAAAGCUUCAGGUGCUAAAGCUAACAAUUCCGUAGCAAUUUUUUGACUAGGGCCCACCUUUUUUCUUAUGUAUUACGUUCCUUGUUUGGGAUGGAAAAGGCACUCAACUGCAAUUCUGCAGGGAGAAAAACUAUCUUACUGGAGUAAUAAGCUGUAGUGAGCAUGUACAGGUCAAAAGUUAAACCUCAAACUGAAGGGUAAUAAGAGACCAUGGCACACAGGCCUUGGACUGCCAACUCCUGUACCUUUUUUAUUGCGCUGUGCGCACAUGCACUAUAGGAGUUGAGCUUUUGAGGCCUGCAACACUCUAUCAUAGCAUUAUUUUGUACAAGUCCGUUUUUGUUGUGGUUGAAAGAUGUAAGAAGUGCUGUGUGUGUGUGUGUGUGUGUGUAACCAAAGCAAUGUUUUUGCUGUAACCUCCACCCCCUCUUUUUUUGGACAUCUGUGUGGUCGGCAUAGUUACCAUUGCCGCUUUGACCUUGCCAGCUGGAGUGGGUGAAUGGGUUAGAGUCCCUUAGGUAACUUCUAACUGUUCAUCUGUUUCAAUCAGUGCUGUUAUUACAACUCUCAAACCUAUUCAGGACAGUGCUGCAGCUUUUAACAUGCGGAAGAGGGCCAGGCUUGGAUGUUGGACUGAGUUUCACUUUGUCUCACUAAGCCACAUGACGUUGUCCUGUUAGCUGCGUGCCAUUGUAAGGUAUGGUAGAGCUGAGGAUGGGUUUCUGAAGUGAAGUAGCCCAAGGGACUCGACACGAGGCAGGUUUUAUGUUUACAAAUUAGGUCUGUAGUUGACCAUCGAAAAAUUUUUUUUUUUUUUAAAUAAGUUACAGGCCAGGAUGCUAUUGAAAUGGAGGCGUAAUUGACUAUCUCCCUAUGGAUACUCUAUUUUUGUGAUGCAAUCCUCUAUUGAGGCUCUUUUUGCUUUCCCUUUGCAGAAUUGGAGCUGUUUAUUGCCAGCUUAAAGAUGACAAAACAAAGUAUGAUAGCUUGUUAGUGUGUUUAAGAGCCAUGUAAAUAAUGAAAUGUAUAAAGUACUUGUAGCAUAUGUACAUUUGCAGGCCAAGUUGGAGGCCUGUCUGACAAAAGUAUUUUUAGUAAUAACACUGAAUGUAUAAGACAUGCUAAGGACAUGUCUUGACUUCAAUGUCUUGACUUAAAUACUGAAGAAUAUUUUUGUUAAAAAAAUCUGCCUAAACAUUUGUCAGUACCCCUGCACUGUUAUAUUCCAGAGAUCUUGCACAUGUUUUUUUAUUUUGUAUUAUGCAGUGUAGGGUGAAAAAUGCUAAAUGCAAAUGAAGUAAAAGUGCAACAAAAAAUCAAUUGGAUCCCAGAGGAGACUUGCUUGUGUAUGGAUUUGAGUUCUGAAUGUGCUUACAGCGUGUAAGUGUGAUGCUAUUAAUCUUGACCUGUUUGUGCCUAAGUUUGAAACUCAUGCUGAAAAUGACAUGUUUCAUUACGUGGCAAUGCCACAAACUGACCAAAUGUUUCCAUCAGAACCACCUUCAGUUCUCAGCUGUUCUUCCGCCAGCUGACAACUGAACUUGGUCUCAUGCUGUAAAAGUACUUUCUUCUAUUGGUUGUUCAUGUAAACAUUUAUUUCUUGCCCGACUGUUGUGCAUGGCAAAGUCUCCUUGUUCUAAAUUUGAAACCUGUAAUGAAUUGGCUGUUAAUUUGUCCCUCUGAAAUGUCACUGACGAUGAAAAGAGAAUGCCCUGUUUAAGAUUGGUAUUAAUUAGUGUUUCUAAAAUAGCAAAUGUUAAAGAAUGCAUUUUAUGAAUUGAUGACAAAAUUUUACAAAAGAAAUAAAUCCCUUCCCCUUCCCCCCC